AUGCCUGACCUGGAUGCAGAUAUUAACAUUGAGAAAGUCAAAUCUGCAAUUAAAGCACUGAAAAAUAACAAGUCUCCCGGAGCUGUUGGCCUCCCCCCUAAGGCUUAUAAGGCAGGUGGUGAUGUUCUUGCCCCUGUCCUACAUCAUCUGGUUGUGAUGUGCUGGAAUAGUGGAUAUAUCCCAGAUGUCCUUAGAGAUGCCAACAUCAUCCCCAUCUAUAAGAACAAGGAGGACCGUGCAGACUGUAACAACUUCAGAGGAAUAUCUCUGCACAGUCUUGCUGACUUGAACAUGACCUUUGACCCAGUUAGUAGAUCUGGACUUUUCCUCAUCCUACAAAGACUUGGCUGCCUUCCAAAGCUACUGAAGGUGGUCAUUGAGUUUCAUGAGGGCAUGAAGGCAACCGUACAGUCUGAAGGCACUUGCUCUGAAGAGUUCCAGAUAAGAAAAACUUCAGACAAUGUCUUUAAGGUUCAUGCGCGAUCCAAAGGAGAUCAGCAUAUUAAUCUUGAAAGUCAUGCCCUCAGAGCUUUAACACAUCUCUACCAGAAACUAGCCUCGGCCGCUGUCAGCUGUGAACUCACAAAACCUACAGAUCAAGCUGCUGUGGCCCCAAUAGUAGAGAAACUUCAGCAGCAGAAUUAUUGUGUUGUUGCUGCAAAUGAAUUCAGUCCCUGGAAGCUUGUUGGACCGCCAGAACAUCUUGGUCCCACCAUUGCUGAUAUUGAGAAGAAACUUCAGAAGCAUGUGUUUGAUGAAAAGAGGAAGAAACUUAUUGGAUACUCGGGUGACAUUCCUCAUGCAAGAGGAAUCAGGUGGAAUCGGACGCCUGAAUAUGGUCCAGGAGCAGUGGGUGGAGCAGCUGGAGAUCAAACAGAUAGUCGUUUCAAUAAAGAAUCAGAAAUAAAUGCUAGACAUAAGAGUAAAGGUGCUCAUGCUGAAGAGGAGAUGUGUACUAUUUGUAUGGACAGCUUCACUGACCAGAAAAAACUUAAAUGUGGGCAUGAAUUCUGUCGGGAAUGUAUAAGGAUGUCAGUGGAGAGUCUGGGACCCAUCUGUCCUGUGUGUAAGGAAGUCUUUGGGAAAAUUGAGGGAAACCAACCAGAUGGAACAAUGAAAGUAAUGAAGAACAGAUUGAGUCUCCCUGGAUACCCAAAUUGUGGCACUAUUCAAAUACACUACAACAUACCCAGCGGCAUUCAAAUGAAGAGGCAUCCAAACCCUGGGCAGUAUUUCCAUGGCGCAAGACAUCAUGCAUACUUGCCUGACAACCGUGAAGGACGGGAAGUGCUUUCACUGCUGCAGAGAGCUUUUGAUCAGAAACUGAUCUUUACUGUUGGGACCUCGACAACCUCUGGUUUAAAGAAUGCUGUCACCUGGAAUGAUAUUCAUCAUAAGACCAAUACACAUGGCGGGCCUCUAAAUUAUGGCUAUCCAGACCCUGACUAUCUGAGGAGAGUAAAGGAUGAGUUGAAGGCCAAAGGCAUUGAAUGACGAUUGGAUUUAUGUUUCAAAUUCACAUCUAAGCCUAAUAUUUAAAAGUAAACCAUUUAUUGGUUAUAAUGUAAUAAUUUAUAUAUAGUGAUUUUCAGAUGUAUUCAGACCCUUGACCAGUUUACUGGAAAACAAACUAUAUAAUUAAUUCUUGUUCUGUGUGAAGCAAAUCUUAAAUCUCAAAACUAAUUAUUUGAGGGUGAAAUUGGUUUCAACAAACUAUAUUUAAUGCAUUAACUAACAUUAACUAUCAAUGAGCAAUACAUUUGUUACAGUUUUUUAAUCUUUGUAAAUACCAGUUAUUGAAAUACAGCUGUUCAGUUUUAGUCCAUAUUAGCUCAGGUCCAUUGAGUAACACCAAUAGACUUUUCUUUUCAUUACUAAUCUUUUAAUAAUGCAUCGGUUAUUAUAAAAAAAAUAAUAAAUUAAAAAUAAUAAUACUAAUUAUAUAUAUUGUCAUAGUCAUGGACUUUCUGUUCCUUUUGUGUUAUCCCUAUUUGGUCAAGUUCUGUUCCUCAUUUUUUGUUAAUUAAUUAAUCCCCACCUGUUUCCUUUCCCCUCAUUAAUUUCCUUGUGUUUAAAACCCCUGUCUGUUCAGUUCAUUUGGUCCACUAUUACUGUGAUGUUAUGUUCUAAUGGUUGGAUGUGCCCUUCUUCUCCCAUGAUAAUUAAAAGAACUCUUUAGAUAUA